GAACUAUCUAGAUUUUGGUGGAACCCGAUCUGAUGGACCCCAGAUAUAAAUACUUUCCCAGGGGGUUUUAGGUGAUGUUUAACACCCCAUUUCCAACCUCUGCUUUCUCUCACUACUCUUGGUUUCAUCGUACGUAUCUGGAACACAAUGCCUCGUCGGAGCUCAGGCGGAAGACCAGCACCACGUGCAGCUCCUCGUCCUGCACCGGUGCGUAACCCCCCUCAGCCAGUUAGCCAUGCUCCUCCACCAGCUCCUGUUCAAGGUGGCAGUGGUGGAUCCAUGCUUGGAGCCCUUGGUGCCACGAUAGCUCAAGGAAUGGCAUUUGGUACAGGCAGUGCUGUUGCACACAGGGCUGUGGAUGCAGUCAUGGGUCCUCGCACCAUUCAACAUGAAACUGUUGUUUCUGAAUCAGCUCCUGCCCCAGCACCCACUACAAACAGCAUGGGUUCUGAUGCUUGCAGCAUGCAUUCCAAGGCAUUCCAAGAUUGCCUGAACGGAUAUGGCAACGAUAUCAGCAAGUGUCAGUUCUACAUGGAUAUGUUGGCUGAGUGCAAGAGGAACUCUGGUUCUGUGAUGGGUGCAUGAUUACUACAGCUGUGGUUCUAUAUGCAUUGAACCCUCUAUUUAGCCUUUUGACUGUUGUUGGAAAGGCAUUUUAUUAUAACGGAAAAUUCCGCAUCUGUGUUAGUGUUGUUGACUGCUUCCGAACAUGAUGUUUCGAGUACUUAAGCUCAAGCAGUGAUGGUAAAACUUACCUAAAUUAGUUUUGAAUGGACGCUGGGACUGAACUGUUAGUUAAA